UUGUUGCAAUCGACUGACAGUUUGUUUUGUUUGAAGAGUGCGGUUACUGCAAGAUGAUUAAUUAGGAAUGUUGAGUGUUCAGGGUAUAAAGUUAUGGAAUAAUUAUUGUACAUCACUUUAUAAUACACUGUUACGAGCUGGUAAUUGCAAAUCUGUGCUUUGUUUAACUCUUUAAAAGCAGUACCUAUGUAAACAAACACUAACGCUAGCAGUGUCGAAGAUCAUGAAAACAAAUUAAAUGCUUUUAUUUAUUGAAUGGGUUUACAGAUUUAAAAACAUGCACAAUGGGUGUACAUGGACUGUGGAAUCUUAUCGAGCCAUCAGGGAAAAUAGUGCCUUUGGAGACACUUGAAAAUAAAGUUCUUGCUGUUGACGUCUCUAUCUGGUUGCACCAAGUUGUAAAAGGUUUCCAGGAUACAAGAGGAAAUCCCUUACCUAAUGCUCAUCUCCUGGGAUUAUUUCAUCGCAUUUGCAAACUGCUGUUUUAUAAAAUAAAGCCAGUAUUUGUCUUUGAUGGUGGUGUCCCUCACCUCAAGAAGCAGACUGUGGCUGCUCGACAGCAGAAGAAGAAUAAAGCAGAAACGGAUGCUGAGCGUCUUAGGGAGAGAAUACUUACAAAUCUAAUUAAGCAUAAGGCAGUAAACAAUGCCCUUGGCAACAGUGAUUUGAGUAAUGCUGCCAGGAUACAGAAACAUAAUGAUCAAGAUGAAAUGUUCAGAUUACCUGAACUCAGUGAAAAUAAGGAGGAGGAAGAAAACAGAUCAGAAGCCGAAGAUUCUGUCACCUCUGAAGAAGAUGAAAGCCCAUCAAAACGUGUACCAAGAGAUUUGCACUCUGUUGAUGUAAGUAGUGCACAGUUCAAAGCAUUGCCUGCAGAUGUUCGACAUGAAAUUCUUACUGAUUUGAGAGAAACGAGAAAGCAGAGUUCUUGGGGUAGACUGCAUGAAAUGCCAAAGGAGUCUGGAGACUUCUCAUCAUUUCAGAUGAGUCGCUUAUUAAAGAGACGUUCUGUUCAAGUUUCCUUAGAACAGGCAGAAAAGGAAAUGGGUGGCCAUACCCUAAGUUUGCGUGAAAUGGAAGAAAUGCUUAAGGAACAGGGUGUAAACACAUCCUUAAAUGUAGGCAGUAGAAUAGCUUCUGACAAUGUGACAAGGUUUAUCUACAUUAAGGAUUCUGGAAAUGAUGCUGGAAAUAAUGAAAAGCUUACAGGAGAAGGGAGUAGCAAAACUGUGCCUACAGUUGAAAGUGCAUCUGAUCAACAUUCGAAGUCCGAUGAAAGUGACAAUGACAUUCGCACUGUCACAGAGAACAAUGUUGUUUAUGAAAGUAAUUGGGUAUCUGAUGAUGAGUUUGACCAUGACAUGAGUGAUGAUGAUGAAACAAUGAGGUUAGCAAAGAAUUUUAUGUUUGAAAAUAGUGGCCUGACACAAAAACAGAUAUUGAAAAUUAUUCAGGAUCAGAUACGUAAGAAAAAAGCUAAUAAAUCAUUGGAUUACACAAAUCCUCAACCAACAACAAGUAAAAGCAUACCACCAGAGGAUAAAUUAUUACAUUGUGAAGGGACUUCGGUAAACUCAAAUAAUUCUAAUCCUCGUGAAGCAGAAAAUAAACUUAUAGAUUGUACAACUAUGAAAUUAUCUGAAACAAGUGAUAAGACAGUACCUGUUACAGACGAGCUGCAGUUGAAUGACAUGGACUCAUUGUUGAAAACAGAACACGAAAAUGGAUAUGAAAAUGUUACAUGUGAAACAGAGAUAAACAGAACUAUCAAUAAACACACUGAUACUCAGGACACAUCUGUUGAAAAGGAAACAAGAAACAGGGCUGUUUCACAGCUAGUUUGUUCAGAUGCCAGUGAAAAAUCUCCUGAAGCCAUUACCAUCAAAGAAACUAAACUUAAUGAAGAAAGCAUCGUUGAAGUACAAUCAAGUGACAGUGAAGUAGAUUUUGUGGAAGUUAACAGCAAUACAAAUAGUGCACAGAAUGUGAGUGACAUGAAAGCAAAGACUCUCCUUGAAGUUGUGAUUAAAAAAGAUGACUGCAACCUAGAUGAUGAUAUUUUUGCAGACAUCUUCACAAAAUCCCCAGAUGUGACAGAAGAGAAACACAAUAGUGCUCCUACUUCUAAUGUAAGUGAUGCAGGUAAUAAAAAUUUGCUGCAUGUUGAAGAUAAUGAAAACAGGAAUGAUCUCUCUUUUUCUCUUCCACAAAAAAUUGAUGCAAAGAAUGAAAAUGUAGUUGUUACUUCAAAGGAAUGUAACAUUAAUGAUGUGACUACUGUGGACAUUAGCAGUAGUCAUAAUACUGGGCAUAUUGCAGAAGUGCCUUAUGCAGAUGAUGUGGCAGCAUCUGAGACAUUUGAACACAGCGCUGUAAAGCACAGCUUGAAAGUCACACAUGAAGAUGGCCAAGAGGAUUUCCAAACAAUUAAAGAACUACAGACUCAAGAAAAAGUUCAGGAAGAUGCAGUGACAACUGAAAAAAAACUGCAAACAAUGAAAAAUUUGCUGGAAGAAGAGCAGCGUCUGUUAUUCACUGAAAGGGGACGACAAGAACGAUUAGCAUCUAGUAUAACAGAACAGAUGAAUUUGGAAGCUCAGGAACUACUACAGCUUUUUGGUGUGCCAUACGUUAUUGCACCAAUGGAAGCAGAAGCACAGUGUGCGUUUCUAGAUGCUGUUUCAUUGACAGAUGGAACAAUCACAGAUGACAGUGAUAUUUGGCUUUUUGGUGGACAGAAUGUUUACAAAAAUUUCUUCAACCAGAAAAAGCAUGUUCUGCAGUUCAAGGCAGCUGAAAUCCAACGAUAUUUCAGAUUGACACGCAGGCAGCUUAUAGUACUGGCUUUGCUGGUUGGUAGUGAUUACACUACUGGAUUAUCAGGCAUUGGCCCUGUAACAGCAUUGGAGAUCAUUUCAGCCUUUCCUUGUGGAAAUGAAGAUUCUGUAGAAGCAAUCACCAGGGGAUUGAGAAAGUUUCGUGAAUGGCUUAUCACAGGAAAAGCUGCUGGACCUGGUGGGAGAUCAGCACUCAGGCAUAAGCUAAGAGACAUUAAACUAAGUGAAGGAUUCCCUAACACUGCUGUUGUAGAAGCAUAUGUCUUUCCUGAGAUUGAUCAUUCGAAAGAAACGUUUACGUGGAGCACUCCUGAUGUGUCAGCACUGCGAAAUUUUGCAAGAGAGAAGUUUGGGUGGACGCAGAUGAGGACUGAUGAAAUUCUUUUACCUGUAUUGAAGAGACUCGGUGAGAGAAAUGUACAGAAGACAAUUGAAAAUUAUUUCAAAAGUAAACCAAUUUUCCGUCCUGUGGAAGGGAAACUGAGUAAACGAGUGCAGAAAGCUGUAGAUCGUAUUGACAGAGGUGAAACUUCAUCUGAAACGGAAGAAGAGCCCAGGCCAAAGCGUAAACAAACCUCUGAAAAAUCUGCCAGAGUGAACAACAAAAAAAAGAAGGCAGUUAAAGAGGCAACUACAGUUACAGAGCAGCCAAGAAUUUCUUCUGAAGGAGCACAGGCAGUAGAGGAAAGUGUUAAAAUCAUUGCUAAUCAGAAAAGUGCAUGUGUCCGUCGUGUUAGAAAGACAAAUGUUCAUCCUUAUAAGCAAUCAGGAGAGUUCAUAUUGCAGAGAGAGAAGGCAAAAAUAGAUUCCCUCAAAACAAAGCUGAAGGCUAUAGAAAUAUAUCGUAUGUCAAAGAUAGAAAAUAAAAAAAAGUCAGCCCGUAGUAAGCCAAAAGAACUGAAGGAGGCAAAUCUCUCGGAAAGCAGCAGUGAUGAAUAACACAUUUACUGCUAAUUGGUUUUUCUUUCUAGGAGCAAAAUUUCUACUGCAACCAGAUGCUACUGAAGUGUUUAGAUGUGGAUAAUAUGUUUUGAGCUCUCAGUCAUUCACUGCUAUUAUUUAACGUUUUCUAUCAUUUUAUGUAAGUAUUUAAUAAACCUUUAAUACUGUUGUUGCAUUAUUUCACAGUGGUGAACAGAGUUGUUGGAUAUUAUCCUCAUCCAUUUGUUCACUAAGAAAAAUUGAACAGAAAAAUAUAUACAGUUAAUUUUUGGAUGAUGCAUUCACUGACUUAGUCCUCAGUUCCAUGAGAUUUUCAUUUUAUCGUGAAACAUAAUUGAGAAAAGUAUGCCAGGACACCAUUCAGCAAAUCUGCUGACUUGUUAAAAAUUGUGGGUGCAAACAACCAUUCAGAGCUGUCAAUCAAGUAUUUAAAAGAAAAAAAUGGGAAAGGAUGACAGUCAGCAUAAAAGGUAGCAUUUGCCAGUUGCAUUUUUUAUUAAAAUUUUCAGCCUGGAUUGCAAGUCCUUUCUUUUCUUCCAAAAAAUAAAAAUAUCCAAUGUCUACACAGAACAAAGCAAUAAAAGUAAAAAUGAUGUUAAAUGUUUUAUUUGAACUGAGUAACUUGUAAAUAAAUAAAUGUUUUAUUGUUGAUAGUGUUAUAUUGUAAAAGAAAUGUCUUUUCAUCUCAGCUACAGACUUCUCUGUAUGAUUUCAGGUUGUUAUUUGGUUCUUCUUUCUGUGAAAAGUCGCAUUCUUCUAUUUUUUGUAUUAGGUAUCCAUCUUCAUUGUUUGCUUUUCUUGAUCAUCAUAAUAUUGUUGUACUAAUUUUGAUGUUGAAUAUCAGUAUUCGCAUGCAUUUGUAUUUUCUUAUUGUACAUAUAUUUCCAAGUAUUUUGAAAAUUUAUAUUUUCUUUUGUACAUGUUGCGUAUACUUCUGUGAUAAAUAGUACAAAAUGAAUUAUGUUGAAAUUGUCAGUAUUUUUUUAAACAAUGUUGUUAGUAGACGUACAUACUGGAUUAUUUCUUGCCUACCUGCAUUGAAACCGAAGGAAUUGAUGGAGCCUGUCCAAGCACUUAGUAUUGUUAAAUGAAAUGGGGCAAAUAAACUGUGACAGUUA